UUCAAAGAAGCCCGACCCUCCAUCCAUUAGCCUACCCUCUUUGAUAUACAUAAUAAUCAAACGUCACACAGUGAUAAUGAUGAUGAAUUUCCUUCAUCAUCCACAAAUUCAUGAAUGUAAUGCCACUUACUAUGAAUCCCCCGAUAAUAGUAGUAGUCCUACUCCUAUGAUCAUGCAGUCCAACAUGGAGUUUGUUGCAACAAUUGAGGAGGAUGCCACCAUCAAGUCCAAAGAAAGAGAGAAGGGCAUGGUCCUGACAUGGGAGGAUUUGAAGGUCACAGUUCCAAAUGGAAGGAAUGGUAGGAAACCAAUUCUUAAGGGUCUUACAGGUUAUGCCAAGCCAGGGCAGCUCUUGGCAAUAAUGGGUCCUUCUGGCUGUGGCAAGUCCACACUUCUUGAUGCUUUAGCAGGAAGGCUAGGUUCAAGCACAAAGCAAACAGGAAAAAUUCUAAUCAAUGGUCACAGACAUACACUGGCGUAUGGAACAUCUGCAUAUGUGACACAUGAUGAUGCUAUGUUGUCAACAUUAACAGUUGGAGAAGCAGUGUACUACUCAGCUCAUCUCCAAUUUCCAGAGUCAAUGUCCAACAUAGAGAAGAAAGAGAGAACAGAGUUUACAAUCAGACAAAUGGGUCUACAAGAUGCCACUGACACAAGGAUUGAAGGGAAGGGUUCUAAAGGCCUUAGUGAGGGCCAAAAGAGGAGACUAGCCAUUUGCAUUGAGAUUCUCACAAGCCCCAAACUUCUCCUUCUUGAUGAACCAACUAGUGGCCUUGACAGUGCAGCUUCCUACUAUGUCAUGAGCAGAAUUGCUAGCCUAAAGAUUAGAGAUGGCAUCAAAAGGACAAUUGUUGUGUCCAUCCAUCAGCCUAGUAGUGAAGUUUUUGAGCUUUUUGAUAAUCUUUGUCUUCUGUCUUCAGGUGAAACAUUAUAUUUUGGCCCUACUUCUGCUGCAACUGAGUUCUUUGCUUCAAAUGGCUUUCCUUGUCCACCUCGCCACAACCCUUCUGAUCAUUUCUUGAGGAUCAUAAACAAGGAUUUUAAACAGGAUGAUGAAGGAUACUUCCACAUAGCAGUACACAAAGAAGAAGCAGUUGACAUCCUUGUGAACUUCUAUAAAUCUUCUGAAAUUAGUAACCAAGUUCAGAAAGAAGUAACAGCAAUAGGUGAAAGUGAAUAUGGUUUCAUGGGGAGGAACAGAGCACAAACUGCAUUUCUUACUCAGUGCUACAUUCUUAUGAGAAGAUCUUCGUUACACCUGUUUCGGGAUGUAAGCAAUUAUUGGUUACGUCUAGCUAUGUUUGUUGUAGCAGCUAUUAGUCUGGGCACUAUUUUCUUUGACGUUGGUUCAAGUCAUGCAUCUAUCCAGGCUAGAGGGGCACUGGUCUCUUUUGUUGCCUCAGUUCUGACUUUUAUAACCCUUCUUGGUGGAUUCCCUCCUUUUGUGGAACAAAUGAAGGUAUUUCAACGUGAGAGAUUGAAUGGACAUUACGGUGUCACUGCUUUUGUGAUUAGCCACACUUUAUCCCCAAUUCCAUACAUGGUACUUAUGUCACUGAUUCCUGGAGUGAUCACAUAUUACCUUUCUGGUCUUCACACAGGACUUGAACGUUGCCUAUACUUUUCUUCUGUGUUACUUGCAUGUAUCUUGUGGGUUGAGAGCCUCAUGAUGGUUGUUUCAAGCAUCUUUCCCAAUCCCAACACCGGCAUCACUGUCUCUGGUGGAAUUAUGGGAAUCAUGAUUCUAACAGGUGGAUUCUUUCGCUUGCCAAAUGAUCUUCCAAAACCAUUUUGGAAAUACCCUAUGUACUAUGUUUCCUUCCACAAAUAUGCCUUCCAAGGAUUGUUCAAGAAUGAGUUCAUUGGUUUGAAGUUGGCUAGUGAUCCAGAUGGAGGUACCUACAUAAGUGAUAGAGAAAUACUAACAAAUAUAUGGCAAGUGGAAAUGGGUCACUCCAAAUGGGUUGAUCUUGCUAUCUUGAUCGGAAUAAUUGUUUUAUAUAGGCUUGUGUUCUUGGCCAUCAUUAAGAUCAAGGAGAAGAUGAAGACUUGAAGUUGAAGCCCAAGAGUUAGUUAAUUGCACAAAACUUAGGAAAAUCGGUAUAACUUAGGGAAUAAAUCGGUCUAAUUUACUGUAAAUUAAUUCAUAUGGCUUCGAUCUUCACUACCAAAUAGGCUCUAUCAUAUAUCUUAAAAAGAAAAAUGUUAAUUGUUAAGAUUCAUUCCUACACUC